UGCCAGCCACCUCCCUGCAAUGAGGCUCUUUUGUUUUGGAGAUUGUGGUUGAUUUUAUAUCUGACCAUCCGGGUCACCAUUUUUUCUGCUUUUUGGUUUUUCUUUCUUUCUCUCAGGCCUUAGUUUCCCGCCCUUAUGAUGCAAUUUCAGCAAGAACGAGCCCGCCAAACCCUCAGCCCGCAUCCUCCACCCCACUAAAAGCAGACCUCCAAGAUUUCGUGCUUUCUUUUUCGCUCUACCUGCAACCGCGCUGCGUGGCCCCAGGUCUGCUGUGUACUUUCCAGGCCGUUUGCAGAAUGAGCAUGAAGAAACCUGAUUCAUCUUUCAUGCUAGAGUCAUCCUACCCAGACUUGGUCAUCAAUGUAGGAAAAGUAACUCUUGGUGAAGGAAACAGAAGAAAGCUGCAGAAAGUUCAGAGAGAGGAAGAGAAGGCGAAAGUUGUAAAAGCUGCAUGUGCUUUAUUAAACUCAGGAGGUGGAGUGAUUCAGCUGGAGAUGGCAAACAACGACAAGCAUCCCGUGGAGAUGGGACUGGAUUUAGAAGGGUCUUUGAGAACACUUACUCAGUCUUUAAAUUUGGAGGCUUUCUUCAAGACUAAGCAAGAAGGGAAAUGUUAUUACAUUUUUGUUAAGUCUUGGAGCAGUGACCUCUUCACCGAAGACAGUUCCUUUAAGCCCCGCAUUUGCAGCCUGAGUUCCUCAUUAUACAUUAGAUCUGGCACUUCUGUGCUUCUCAUGAAUUCAAGAGACGCGUUCUGUUUCCUGAACACCAGAAAAAUGAAUGCAAAAAACGUCAGGCAAGAACCUUCUGGUAAACUCAUCAAAGUUAUACAUCAAGACCUCCAUUCUGCUCAUGAAUUUUUCCAAAAAGACCAUCUUGAAUAUGGUGAAAUCGUGCCUCUUGCUGAGUCUCAAUCCUUAGAGUUUAAGCAGUUCUCUACAAAACACAUUCAAGAAUAUGUGAAAAGCAUAAUUCCAGAGUACGUCUCUGCAUUUGCAAACACUGAAGAAGGAGGCAGUCUUUUUAUUGGAGUGGAUGAUGAGAGUAAGAAAGUUCUGGGAUGUGCUAAAGAAAAGGUUGACUGUGACUCUUUGAAAAAGACAAUAGAAAACGCAAUAUACAAAUUACCUUGUGUCCAUUUUUGCCAAUCUCAAUGCCAGAUAGAUUUCACAUUCAAGAUCUUGAAUGUGUUAGCCAAGGGAGAGCUAUAUGGCUAUGCUUGUGUGAUCGAAGUAAAGCCAUUCUGUGGUGCAGUAUUCUCAGAAACUCCCAGGUCUUGGAUGGUGAAGGACAAGCUCAUCUGCUCCCUGGCAACUCAGGAUUGGGUAAACAUGAUGCUGGACACAGAUCCAGAUCUUUCAUGGUUGUGCGAAGGCUUUGAAUCUCAGCUAAGUCUGUCUACUGGACCUCCUCUUAGCAGACCCGUGUACUCCAAGAAAGACCUGGAACAUAAGAAGGAUCUCCAGCAACGCUUAUUUCCAGUGUCACCAGGAUGCCUGAAAUAUACUCCCGAAUCCCUCUGGAAGGAGCUGUUCUCACAGAAUGAAGGUCUCGAGGAAUUAAUCAAUAAGGAAAUACUUCCAUUCUCCCAGGGAAUUUUAAUUUUUUCUAGAAGCUGGGCUGUGGACCUGAGCUUGGAAGAGAAGCAAGGCGUCAUCUGUGACGCUCUGCUGAUCACGCAGAACAGCCCCCCCAUUCUCUACACCAUUCUCAGGGAGCAGGAUGCAGGCGAGCAGUCCUACUCCAUUCACACCGCCUUUACUCUGAAACAGAAGCUGGUGAACCUGGGGGGUUACACAGGGUAUCUGUGUGUCAUGACCAAGGUUCUCCACCUGAGUCCUGAGAGUAACACAGAGUCCUUGGAAGACUCAGGCUCUCAGAUUGAUUACCCCAGGUCCUAUUACCUUGCAAACAUCCAGCAAAUGGAAGCUUUGCUGCAGUCCCUCGUGAUCGUCUUGCUUAGCUUCAGGUCUUUCUUAAGUGACCAGCUUGGCUGUGAGGUUUUACACCUCCUCACAGCCCAGCAGUAUCAGAUCUUCUCAAACAACCUCCGCAAUUACAGAGAGUUAUUUAUCCAUGGCUUACCCGGCUCAGGGAAGACAGUCUUGGCCGUGAAGAUCAUGGAGAAGAUCAGCAAUGAGUUUCACUGUGAGGCAGAUGAAAUCCUCUACAUCUGUGAGAACCAGCCUCUGAGGAACUUUAUCAGUCGCAAAAAGAUCUGCCACGCAGUGACCCGGAAAACCUUCAUGAAAACUGACUUUGAAAAGAUUCAACACAUCAUCAUUGAUGAAGCUCAGAAUUUCCGCGCAGAAGAUGGGGACUGGUAUGAGAAGGCGAAAACCAUCACUCACAGAGACAAGGAUUGCCCAGGAAUUCUCUGGAUCUUUCUAGACUACUUUCAGACCAACCACAUUGAGUCCAGUGGCCUCCCUCGUCUCUCAGCCCAGUAUCCAAGGGAAAGGCUCACCAGAGUGGUCCGCAAUGCAGAUCCAAUCGCCAAGUACCUAGAGACCGUGUUGCAGGAGGUCAGAAAAAAUCCUCCACCUAACAUCCCCCAAGGGUCCCUGCAGAUGGUUCUUGAAGCUGAAUGGGCUCAGAGAGUUCAGGGAACCUUAAAACUUAAGGAAAACUUGACUUUCAAUCAAAUAGUAACCUAUGUGGCCGACACGUGCAAACUUCUCUUCAAAAAGGGCUAUUCUCCCAAGAAUGUUGCUGUGCUCUUCAGCACCGUGAAAGAUGUGGCAUGUUACAAGCAGGAGCUCUUGAGAGCGAUGAGGAUGAAAAUACGGCUAGUGCAGUUCACCGAUGCCAAUGAUGUGUCGGGUGAUCGCAUUGUGGUGGACAGCGUCCGGAGAUUCUCAGGCCUGGAAAGGAACAUCGUGUUUGGGAUCCACCCGAAGACAGUGGACUCGGCUAUCUUACACACUAUUCUCGUCUGCCUGGUAUCCAGGGCAAAUCAACAGCUGCAUAUUCUGUGGCAUUGAGUUGUUUAGGAAGAAUUCCAAGCCAAAUCGAGAUGAGGCGAUUGCUUUGUAAAUGUCCAUAGAUGACCCUCUGUUUGGUAUAUUGGGAGCAACUUCUCAUUUCAGUUCACAGGGUGGCUAGAGAUGUGGGCAGAGCUGACCCCCAGAGUUUGGAACCUCUCCUUUCAGGGUUUCAUCCCCUAGUUCCUUCCAGCUGUUACUGUCCCAAAUUCUGUCCCCAAUUCUUCCAGCCAGAAUGAUAGAGCUUUUCUUUUUUUUUUUUUCUUUUUUUAAAUGAUUUUUUUUUCCAUCAUAGCUGAUUUACGGUGUUCUGUCAAUUUUCUACUGUACAGCAAGGCGACUCAGUCACAGAUACAUAUACACAUUCUUUUUCUCACAUGAUCAAUGCUCCAUCAUAAGUGACUAGGUUUUCUUUUUGUAACUUUUGGCUGUGCCUCAAGGCUUGUGGGAUCUCAGUUCUCGGACCAGGGAUUGAACUCAGGCCGUGGCAAUGAAAGUGCCAAAUCCUAACCACUAGACCACCAGGGAACUCCCUGAUAGUGGUUUUCUAAAGGAGUUUUAACCACCCUGCACAGCACAGGGUUAAAAACCGUAAGACACAAUAUACUCAUCCUGUGACCAGUCUUUCUUCUAAGUCUGGACCUCCACAGUGACUUUGUGCAGUUUUUGGUUUUUAAAAUUUUAAAGGGUGGUCUGGUAAGAACUACCUUGGCCAUACCACAAGCAGCCCUUGUUUCCUGAAUUCCUGAUAUUUCCCUUUACUGUAUUGAUGCAAGACUUGGGAGAGUCCCAAGAUAAUUCAGUCAGCCACUGGGUGGGUCUUAUUUUGGCAGAACAGGGAGCACUGGUAUGAUUAUUUAAUCUCUGAAAAUUGUAAUCUCCAAUUUUUUUUUUUUUUUGUCCUCAGAAUAGCCCAAUUCAAGCUUAGAUUGGAUAUGGCAGAAGUUCAGAAAAAACUCUCCAUUUAACAUCCCCCUUGGGUGCUUUCAUUGGGAUAGGAAGCAUUAAUUUUCACUUUACAGAGAAGUUAUAGGCCAAAAGAAAACAAAAAUAAAGCUAUUUUCUCUGGCUUUCAGUGAGAGAUAGCAUUAGAGACCAAAAUGGGGUUCUGGGAGUUCCUGUUGUGGCGCAGUGGUUAAUGAAUCCGACUAGGAACCAUGAGGUGGCGGUUCGAUCCCUGGCC